ACACAGCACAGCGACACAACAACCAACACAAUGUUCCAGAUCCUUCCACAACAUUCUCUCAGUAUCAUAUAUUCACUCCCCAUUCCACCUUCUUUUUCAUUCCCUUCUCACAAUUAUUCCUCAAUUAUUUCCCACUUUUCUUCUCUCUCAAGCAAAAGUUUUCUUCUCUCAUUCUCAGCGUUCUGAAUCGAAACUAAUGGCUUCAGAGACAGAGGUGUUAAAUAUUAUUUCCUCUGUUUUCGAACGCUUCGAGAGAAACAUGUCUCUGUUUCUGCCCUUCAUCUUCGGCUUCUCUGACGCCACCUCAGGACGAGAUAGCGACGACCCAGAUCACGAAACUGCUCACACAGAAGGUUCACUGCGUCAAAGAAUAAUCUUGGUGAACCCCUUGACUCAGGGCAUGGUGGUGAUCGACGGCGGUUUGAGCCUCGAAGCUCUGUUUCGCGAACUCGCCAACGGGAAAGGUGGUCGACCACCGGCUUCUAAGGAGUCCAUUGAGGCCUUGCCAAGUGUGGAAAUUGGAGAAGAUAAUGAGGAUUUGGAGUGUGUAGUUUGUUUGGAGGAGUUUGGGGUUGGUGGGGUGGCAAAGGAGAUGCCUUGUAAGCAUAGGUUUCAUGUCAAUUGCAUUGAGAAGUGGUUGGGGAUGCAUGGGUCUUGUCCUGUGUGUAGGUAUGAGAUGCCUGUGAAGGAGAUUGAUUGGGGGAAGAAGAGGGAAGAGGAAGUGGGAGAGAGAAGUGGUGGUGGUGGUGAAGUUUGGGUUAGUUUUCCUUUUAAUAGGAGUAGUAGGAGAGGCCAAGAUCUUGAUCAAGCUCAAGCUGUUGCUGGUGAUUCAAAUGAUGAUGAUUCUUCAUCAACUCAUGGAGGUGCUGCUGAGGAGAGUUAGUCUGUUAGAGAAGAUAUUUGAUUUUCGGUAGAGCAAGGUUUUGAAUUGUGGUUUCUUAAAAAUUGCGAUCGUGGACUGUUUUUGAAAACCUUCUUGGGGUAUAGUGUUGUUGGUUUUCGCGUUGGGGAGGACUGGAAAAUAUGUACAGGCAAAAAUGCACAAAAUUGUUAUUACAUCUUGUGAUGAUAAAUAAAAUGAUGAUUUUUUUUUCUCAUA